AUGCCUCAAUUAAUACCUUUUUUCUUUUUUAAUCAAAUAUUAUUUUCAUUUGCAGUAUUAUUUGCAAUAGUAUAUAUUUUCUCUAAAUAUAUCUUACCACAAUUUACAUUUCAACAAGUAAUUAGAUUAUAUAUAACUAAAUUAAGUAAAAAAAUAUAA